AUCGUAGUAUAACAUUACGUUGUAUAUCAGAACUGUUUCUACCCCGUUAUUGUGAAUUAAAUUUUUUAAGUAAGUGUAAAGGCACCCAAUAUUUAAAUUUACCGCUAGAAGGCCUAUCGAUUACUGCGAACUGUCAACAGAAACCGGCUGAUUUUCGUGGUUCCUGUAAUAGGAGUCCACGUGAGCUACGGAAAAUUCCAGACGCAGUUUGUUUAUUUUGGUUGUUGCGCUACUACGUGUUUUUACACCUUAUCAUAUUUUAUCAGUGAAUUGCAUAACAUAAAAAUACGAUGGCAGAUACCUUUGAGCGAUUAAAGGAGUUGAAUCUGUCUCGUUGCGAAGUAGAACGUAUAGGAGAAGCAAUAAAGAAACCAGAGUUUCGGAAGUUAUUGGCAGAAUACGUCGAGGAAAUAAAAGAUCCUAAAAAUAAGGCCAUCUUCGAGAAGGAAAUAACAGAGCUCGAGAAGGAACGAGGAAACGACAUCACUUUUAUUCAUCCUAAACCGUGUUACGUUGUCAAAACUAGUGUCGACGGCAGUCAAAAAGGGUUUAUAAAUAUUUGUAGCAACGAAUUAGUCGGCAAACCAUCAUCGACACCAACUGUCAAGGAAGGAGAAAAAGGGUUGACUUGGUCGUUACCUCAUUCUUUAUCACCCCCAAGGGAAGACAUCGAUAAUAAAAGACAACAGUGCCAGGUCUUUGACGUUAUCUUCCAUCCAGACACCCUACACUUGGCAAGCAGAAACAGAGCUUUUCGCGAUAUGGUCAACAAAACGGCGCUGGAAGCUGUUGAAAACAAUUUUGGUGUAACCCUCGACAAAAAGAAUCUGAAAUUUCCCAAGCUGUCAUACAAAGGAGAGACCCACGCAAGUGUUAUUAGAAAGCCAUUAGAAAACAAGCCUGAACGUACUAUAGAAGAAAAACAAUUGUAUGAGAAAAUAUUUCAAGAUGUUGACAAAAAUCAAUCCAGUCCUAAAAAGUACAAAAAACCCAAGAAAAAUAUUCUCGAGGAUGAAAAAUCAGUGUACACUACUCCUAAAUAUUUCAUUAAACACAGAAGUCAUAUAGAGAUGGAGCAAUUUACCGAACACAAAGGAGCUAAACUGAACUCUACUGUUCCUAAGGAACUUAUUGUGGAAAUCAGUUUGCCUUUAUUGAAAUCUUCAGGAGAUAUAACUUUAGACGUUACAGAAAAAACUGUACAGGUUGUUAGUGAAAGACCUGCAAAGUACAAACUUAAUCUAACGUUACCUUAUCAAGUGAAUGAAUCCACAGGUAAUGCUAAGUUUGAUAAAGAUAAGAAAAAAUUGGUCAUUACCCUACCAGUGAAGCAGCGUGCAGCAGCAUUUGUCGAUUUCAGUGAUAGUGGCGUUGAAAGUGAUCAGUGCUCACCAGAAACUCCUGAAUCCGAAGAAGACGUUAGUGAAAAACAGUUAGUUACUGAACAUAAACCUAGUGAACCUACCAGUGAUUUAUACCUAGAGAAAUCCGUUGAUUUCCGGACUAAGUUUUUGGAUAACAGUUUGCAUUAUAAUUUACCCGAAUUCACGUGUCACGUAUUUGAAAAAACUGUUGCAUUUACAUUGAAUGUUAAAAAUGUCGAAGAAAAAUCAAUCGAGAGAGUAUUUCUUAAUUCAGACUCAUGUGUUCAUAUUAAAUUUACUAGUAUAGGAGGUAGCUUUUACCCAAGUCAUUAUGCUUUCUUUGUCAAAUUUCCUCUAGGCACGAUUGAUGAAGAAAGCACAACCGUGGAAGCCUGGGACAACAAUGUUAUACUUCAAGUACCCGUCAAUUGUGAUAAACCCAUUGUUUCUUAUCUAUAUGGUAUUAGUGAGAAUGAUCUGGUAGAGAAACAUGUGGAGGACCCGGAGAUUAUUAAUCAAGUUCUUGGAGAGGUGAAGGAAGAGGAAGAAGUGAAUGUUCCUAAGCAUACAAUAGAAAUCGUUAAAGGGAAAACAGAAAUCAAAGAAAAUGUACCAUCCAGCUUCGACGAUUCCACUUCCGUUGACAGCAAACACUCCAAAGCUAUUGACAUCGUUGGUACGUCAUACGAAUCCAGCGGUGACGAAUUAAGCUGUUGCAGCUUUAGUCCGUCUAGAAACAAAGGCAUUCUUAAAGGAAUGUCUUCUAAACGAUUCACCGUCGGGCGUAGUAUAUCGGAAUCCAGUUUGGACAAUUUCGUGUUUUCUUCUGUAGAAAACUGCUACACCAGUUUGGAUUCAGUUAUACCCGAAGAUGGAGAAGUGUCGUCUAGUGAAAAGAAGACUGUGAGGUUCAAUGAUGUUGUUAUGAGCCAGUUAUUUAGGUCCAACUCAAGUAUUUUAGGACAAAAAAAGAAAAACCAGAGGAAAGCUAGAAAUAAGAAACGUGCUCUGGAACGUCGGCACAGCGAGAGCGAAGCCUCGGGCGAUGAGAAGAAGGAGGGAGAUUUAAGGGACUGCAAUUUCAAGAAAGAAGAUAGCAUUUUUCAUUUGGAGGUGGAUAACUAGAAUCUUGAUUUUUUGGUUUUGAUUGUUUGUUUAUAGUCCAGGAACCGAAGCUUUUCACCUCGCAAUUUUUACAGAAUGGAUCGAUUUGCUUGAAAAUUUGAGAAUAAGUAGCGGAUAAUCCAAGGAUCAAAAUCUAUAUGAUGCCGAAAGGCGCUUUUACCAUGGGGGUGUUUGCCACCCCAUCUCGGAGGUGGAAAUUUUUUAUUAUAUUUUGACCGCAAAAGUUGAUAAAAAUAUUCAUUCUAAGCAAAAAACGAUCUAUACAUUUUUUUGAUAAAAUUAAUAUUUUUCGAUUUAUUCGCUAUUUAUAUCUAAAAUAUAAAUGUUUUUCGAUUCUAUACUCAUCUACGAUUCACUCAAUUUUUGCCGUAGAAAAAAUAUUUUUCUUGGGAAAAGUUCUUGGGAAUUAAAUAACCUACUUCGCUUUGUCUAGAAUGGAGUGAAGCCAUAGGAGAUUGGAGAACGGUUCAAAGUCCUUCCAGUUGUUUCUGUUUCUAUCCUGCAUAAAUCUGUAGAUCUCGAAUUGAUAGUCAUCUCCGGUAGUAAACAAAUCUGGAUCCAAUCCUAGAUCGUUAAAUAUUACAACUCCAUCUUGUUCGAUUCUCGACAGAGUGUAAUCAAUGAUACCAACUUUAGCACCAUUUGUGGAUACCUAUGUUAUAUGUUUUAUUUUUAAGUGUAUACAAUACUAUUUUUUUUUUUGGUUUCUAGUGUAGAUAUCAAAAGUUUCCCCAAUGAAGAUUACGGUGUUCGAAUUUGAGCUCUUCUUCGGCUAUGGCCAAACCUAAUGCAACCUGUAGAAACAUUGAGUAAGCCUGAUAUGCGUUGUUGAAAAUUAAAGAUUUUCUGAACUUCGAUAAACGAAGAUAUUCCAUUUAUUUUGUGUCUGAGAUUACUCAGUUCUAUUGUGAUUAUGAUUUCUGAUAAAACUUCCUCUUUCUUCUGUCUUUUUCCGUUAACGAUUUGGUCGCCCUCCACUUUAAUAAUUUUCAGUACUGAUCUGCGUCCAUCGGGUUUGUUUAAGAGGAAAACCUCUCUCUCCGUAAAGCUCUUUUCCAAUUUUUUGAUAAUUCUGAAGUCUGUAAAACAUUGUGAAAACUGAAUAGGCUCCGUUUGUCCACAUUUUCUCAAAACGAUUUCUCUGGCUGUGACGGGUACUCGCAAUUGUCGAUUCUUAGCUACUAAACUGGUCCUUUGUUGGUUUUGGUUUAACGAAAGACAUCUAAAACUAUCUUCCAAGCUCGCCUCGAGGAUUUGAUCUGGUACUUAACCUAAAACUGCAGUAUCUAGCUGUUCCAUCGUUUCUAACAUCCCAUCUUUCGUUUCCUCGCAAAUUUUAUUGAAUAGUUCUACACUACUAGCACCUUCCAGACUCUUUUCUUUUUGAGCUUUAAUUGUGUUAAGUUUCUGCCAAGCUGCCUUUGCAGCUGGAUUUGUCUAUGUCGAAUUUUUACUUUGUUUAUUUGAGAACGGUUUUGAUUUACAAAAACUUUCACAUCGGCAUCUAAAGCAUCCAUUCUCUUUUGACUCGCAGAUAAGUCCCUGAGGAAUUUCUCAUACUUUCUCUUUGCUUGUUCAAUACUGUCGUUCGGAUCAUCGUUAGCCAAAAGUUGUUCUUUGUAUUUAAUCCACUUUUCAAAAUCAUCACACUCUUUGUAAAAGGUAAAUAACUUUACCGCAUCUGUUAAUAUAGCUUGCCUCUUAGCUGCCAAAUCUUGAACCUGUGCAUAAGAGUCAUUGAUAGUCUUCUGUCUCUUAGGUACACUGUUACUAUCGUCACCUUUUCUUUUUUGUGUCCGAGGUAGCUCUCUUAGAACAUUGACUGGAACUUCAGUAUUAACUAAUUUUGUUUUUUUAACUUUUUGAACAGAUUUUACGAUCUUAUAUUCCGUUUUUUUCUACAGGCUCGUCCACCCAUACCUCGGUUGGCACCAUCCUGUUUUCAUAUUGGACGCCUUCUAUAGAUUCAUUAACUUCAGGUUCAUUAUUUAAAUCCAACGUGGAUAUUCCAGAGGCUAUGAGUCGAUCAGCUUGACCAUUCAAACUAUAAAUGUCUCCAUUAUGUGCAUUGAUUUCUUCAUCCAACACUUCGUGUCUUUGCAACAAAGCUUUGGCACUGAGUUCGUCCGUACCAUAAUCAUCCGAAUUAACAAGAGCUAAUUUUUCAUUCAACCAAGACUCGGCUUCGUUUGCAUCUGCAUAAAACUGGUAUGCUUCAGCUGCAUCUUGUAGUUGCUUGGCCCGUUCUUUUGCCAGUUUAUCCAGUAGUUCCCUAAUUCUUUUUAUUUUUAUCCACAUGUUGCUGAAUUUCUAAAGAUCUAGGAUGAUUAUCUGAUAUUAACUGCUUACUGGUUGCUCCUAAUUGAUCAAAUUUGUUCUUUCUUGUUUUUAUUUCAUCCAUAAGCACCUUAUGUUUUUGUUGUAAGGAGAGGACACCUCGUAAGUCUUUUGCCAUAAUUCCAGCUUGGCAUAUUCGUUGUUUCUCAAUUAACCAAGCUUCUUCAUCUUCUUGAUCUAAAAAAAAGUAAAUCCUUUAUAAAAAGGUAUAUAUUUAAAAUACCUAAAAAGGGCUACAUCACAAUCACAUAACUAGUUUUCGACUGGGUUACCAGUCUCAUCAUCAGUGGUUACGUGAAGUUUACAUGCUAACCACCAAGAUAUAGUUUAACAAAAAUAUGUGGGUCAAAGCCCUGUAUAAGUGGUCCGUUAAGGAAACAUCAGUUAAAAAUGCCAAUUAAAGCAUGGAUGUUGAAACGAUUUUAAUAUUAUGCCCCAGGUAACAUCUGAGCUGUGGUGUGACUUAAUUACAUGGUGAAAGUCUGGUAGCAAAUGACACUCAUAAACACUCCUGUUUCCAUUCUUUCAAAAUUCAUACUCAAUCUUAUUAACACCAUGACGAACUUCACCCUUCGUUUCUCUGUCAAAAACACAAGUCAUCUUGUCAACAAUCUACAACAAAUCCAACUUCGCCCUAACAUUACCAUGCUUUCAUUUGAUGUUAGCAAUCUUUUUACAUCAAUCCUAAAACAAGAAACUAUUAAUCUGGUACACUCUCUUCUAAGAGCAAGUUCCAUUACUACUUCUACUACUGAUUCAAUUAUUCAAUUAUUACAAUUUUGUCUAGCUCAAGACUUCUUUGUAUUCAACAAUAAAUAUUAAAGACAACCUGAUGGUUUAGCCAUGGGCAGUUGUCUAUCUCCUCUUCUAGCUGACAUUUUUAUGGAUCAUUUGGAAUCCGUACAAUCAUGAAAAAUCCUGAAAUUCUCCAUUAUCGUUAUGUUGAUGAUUGUUUAUUGAUCAUCUCAGGUAACUCAAAUACAGCUGAUUUAUUACUUUCUAAAAUUAACCAAUUUCCUUGAUUUCCUUGAGCUGUUUGAUGACCUACUCUAUUUAACCCACUUAGGUUCUAAGGACGUAACCAUUCGAUUUUGUAACACAUGUUUAUGCAGUAAUUACUCAACGGCUACCGAAUGUGCCCCGUAUCUGUAGAAGGGAGAUCUAUUCUCAGUUGUUCUGUACUGGCAGAACCGAGUCUAUUUCCCUUAUGAUCGACAUAAUGCUUCCCAUUUUGUUGAGGUUUAGUUUGUGUUUUUCUAAGAGUGCUUUGAGUUCUUCGCACUGUUUUAUAAUUUCACUUUCCCGUUUUUGGACUCCUUCAGAAUUUCGAUAAUUCUCAUUAAUAAGUUCUUAUGCUAUAUGAGAUAAGUCAUGAAUACGCUCUUCUCUCGCUAAUAUAUCAGCACUGAUAGCCUCGUUCUUUUUCAACGUAGCAUCCACUUGCACCAAAUUGGAACCGUAGCGUGGAUUUGAUAAAACUUGAAUCAUCUCUUUCAGGUAUCCUUCACGAAAAUAGUUUUUUUCUCGAAUUUAUACAUCAGUUGAUCUAACCUUUGCUGCCUCAUCAGUUCCUCUCUAAGAGCUACCUCUCUUCUGUGUUCAGCUUUCUCUAAAGUAUCCCAAGAUCUUUCGAUAUCCUGAACUAGCUUGCCGUCAGAAGGGUAAACAGCUGGUUGCCUAAGUUCCUUUAAUUGAGUAUUUAUGUUAAAGAACAAAGCCUCUAUUUCACUUCGUUCUAUGUAUUUUGGAGGCUUCUCUUGAUUACGUAGUGGCCAAAUUGUAUAAAUAGAUUUUGAAUGCUUUCUAAAGAAUUUGGAAAUUAUCGGUCUUCUAAUUCUACAAUUUUUAAUUUAAUCCAGUCCAAUAGAUCCGUGGUCAAUUUGUCGUAGGUAAGUUUCAGUUUGUCAGAGUCGAUCCUCUGUUUAAUAAUUUUCGCUAUUCGUCUUUCAGAAUUUUCUUCUUGUUUCAUGCGUGCAAAAGUGUGAUAAUAUGAUGCAACGUAAGUCAUAAUACUCUUCUCAUCAGGUCUUGAAGUAUCAAUGUCUUCAGCAUCAUUAUUUAUGAAUAUAGAUAUUUUUAAAUACUUUAAAUUACAUAGUUUGAAUAAGUUAUCCUCGAAAAAUGCAUAGUUUUCCCGGCAUUUGACUUUGAAACUACAAUAUUUAGCAUUUACUAUUGGUCUUAAAGAAAAUUAAAAAAAAAACGGUUUUGUUUAUUUUUUCAAAAUGUACAUUUUUGUUAAGUAAAGUUGUUUUGAUAAGACGAAAACUUUUUGAGUUAUUAUCAGAAAACUGAUUAAAAACAAUCAUUUUUUCGAUAUAAAACGUAACACUUUCGAUAGCGAAUAAAUUGAAAACUAUUAAUUUUAUCAAAAAGAAUGUGUGUGUACUUUGUACGCACGUAAGAAGUUAUACUUCUAUUAUAUGAUUAUAUGAUUAUAAACGAAAUUAAUAUACUUUUUAUUUAUAUUUUAUUUAAAUAUUAAACUAAUUUAUACUUACUACUUCUCAAACAUUUUUAUUAAAACAGUGCCAAAAAUUAAAAUAAUAAAAGAAUAAAACACACACAAACACAUUAAAAAUGCCACAAAUGAUUUCUAAACAUUAAUUGUCAGAAAAUUUUUUAACUAAAUACGUAUUUUCUGAAAAUAAAAUUAUAUAAUAAAUAUACUUACAAUCAUAAAAUGCAUAAAAAAAAAUAAAAUAUAAAAGUUUCUAUUGGGAUUCGAACCAACUUACCAGCGCGGUUGGUAUUGGCGUUGUAUUGGGGUUCAUUCGCAUUAAACGCUUCGCCACGGAGACAAUGUGUCAUUAUUUGCGAAGAUCGACUAACUAAACGGAUUAAACUUUUGACAUUUUUGAAUUAAAUUAUUUUGAUUUUGAAUUGAAAUGAUUUAGAAUUGAAAAAAUACAACAAAACAUAGAGUAAGAAAACAAUAUAUUAGGUGAAUAUUGAUAGAAAUUUUGAUGGUAAUCAAAUUAUGUAAAUAAAAGUAUUACAUACUAUGUAUUUUGGUAGGUUCAAAUAGGUAGGUACCUAUGAUACAUUUACAAUUAUUACGUACCUGUUGCUUUAAAAACUAUUUAAAAGUCACUACAAUUAUAAACUUUUUUGUUUCUGUCCUCACAACAAUAAAACUAAUAUAUUAUACAUUUGUUUACCUUCAUAUUGAACAAUUAUUUAUUAUUGACAGAUCAUUUGAACACCCAAUCAGAGCCCGUAUAACGACUAAUACCAUACUGUCGGUGUGCGCAUGCGCGCAGAUUAAUAUAAAUUCACCCUCAAUCUCAAUCGCGCCUAAAGAAGUAUAACUUCAAAAAUGUAUAAAACGUUUUUUGCUCAGAAUGAACGUUUUUACCAACUUUUGCGGUCAAAAUAUAAUAAAAAAUUUCCACCUUCGAGAUGGGGUGGCAACCACCUCCAUGGUAAAAGCGCCUUUUAACAUCAUAUAUAUUUUGAUCCUUGGACUAUCCACUACUUAUUCUCAAAUUUUCAAGCAAAUCGAUCCAUUUUGUAAAAAUUGUGAGGUUUUGUCCUGUUUAAAGCUUCAUUACUUGGACUAUUAGGUUUAUUAACGAUAUACGCAGCAAUAUGAUAAUGACUUGGAUUGCAUUGAUUUAAGUGUAACGAUUCUGAGAAAGGCAUCUUUAUAUGUUGUGAGUUAUGUAGAAAAAAUCAUUUUUAGGGAUCAUUUUAGUCGAUUUUCGUUAAAGUGUAUGUGAAUCUAUCGGUGUAAGUUACAACUAAAAGUAUGAACAUGCGCAAGAGGAUUUAUUAACGUCUGUACUUAUAUCUAUACAUGCGGCGUAUGAAGCGAUCACUUUUAAUUAUAAUUAACGCAAAUUAUAACCCUAUUUAAAAAAAAAUUAAAACGAAAAACAGUUAAAAGUCAUAUUUUUUGGACGUUUUCAAUUAUGAAGAACACUUGAGUUAACAAAAAAACUUCAUGAGAUUUUGAUUAUCUAUCCAAUUUGCAAGUUGUUUUGACCUUUUAAAUUUACACGCCCAUAUAUUGACAAUAUGUAUAUCACUUCUGUUGUUGAGUUGUUUAUUUCAAGUAAAUAAAUGCAGUUUUAAAGAAUUCGUAACAGAAAUUGUUCAGUCACUGGACUAAAGGAUACGGCACACAUGUUAUGGAAAAUAUAAUGUCACUUAAAUGAAAUAAAAUUACAUGCAUAGAUUCGUCCCGAAAUUACACUAAUUUCAUAUCACUGCGCCAACCCUGUAUUUUAAAUAAAAAGAGCGUAGAUUGAUAUAAAUAAAUCUAGAAUCAAAUGGAAAUGUACGUGUGUCAAAGAAGGAAACAAAAAUGUAAUUCGCCACUCCAUAAAUCUUUCUGAAGGAUUAAGUCGGAGGCUUACUCUUAUCUUAUUAUUAUUGAUAAUAAAGUAGGUAUAAUUUGGUCAGUCGUACUUCCUCUAAUCGACUUAGCUCGCGAUGGGUAGGCUGUUUUCAAUAGCCGCUAGACUAAGGGCCCCCGCAUACAUACAACUUUUUAGUCGGAACAACUACACAUACGAACAACACUUACCACAACAAAACUGAAACAAAUCACAUUUUUAAAUAUGAAUCUAAAUUAAGUAACUUUUACGCGUACCAAAAAAAAGUUGAGUAAUAGCAAGCUGAAAAUUUGUUAAUAGCGUAACGGUGUCUAGUCGGACAAACUUUGAUGUACGGGAAUACUGGAACAGGGGAAGUUUUAAUUGUGGAACAGGUUACAAGUUUCGAACGUCAGACUACGAAAACGUCCCAUGUAUUUUUUCGGACAGAACUUCCAAUUUAUUUGUUACCCUUUCAUUAAACUCGCAUACAAAAAUCAAACUGCUAAUUUACCACCAAUAUAAUUAGUGUCAUUUGACAUGUUCUACGUGUCGGACUUAUUAAAAUGCCCUACAUAUUUGUGGGACAAAUAUUUUUUGAUAUAUUAUAAAGUUUGCUAUUGAAUAAACUUAAAACCAACCUGCUAGUUUUCACAAUCAUAAACUAGUCAAGAUGACACGUUCCACAAUUAAAACUUGUCCCGUUCCAGUGUUCCAAUAUAUAAAAGUUUGUCCGACUAGACACCGUUAAGCUAUUAACAAAUUUUCAGCUUGCCAUUAACACGGUGACGGACAGUGCGUCCAGUGGCGGCUCGUAUCACUUUAAGUAGGUAGUGCCAGAAUUCGGGCAGCUGUCUAAAUUUUUAGUGACGGGUUCACGAUAUUGUCAAAAAAGGUAUAAAAUAGAAAUUUAAAAAUAUAGGUACGGAUACUUUUACAUUAUGUAGGUAUAUACCAUUUCUGGGGUAUCAAGAAAUUUAAACAUUUAAAAUGCAUUCAGUGAUUGAUUUGACAUCAUGUCCGUCCAUCAAGUAAAAUCUCCAAAAUCUCUCAACUUAUCGCCCUUUACACAAAUAUCGGAAAACUAUAACUAACUGAAAUUCACCAGCGACGCGACGUCUGUCGUUUCAUCGGCAAUCACUGCAACACAAAGAUAAUUUUCAAUGUCUUUCCUUAUUUUCUCGUGAUAAAGAUCUAAGAUGCACUAAGAUUUUGCAUUGUUUUGAGGUACAUGCUUUUAAAGAUUUGGAACUUUGAAUAUGAACCUAAGUCGUUAUCUAAUUCGUCUAACAUUGAACAGUUCCAUAAAGAUGCCUCUAUUUUCUGAAUAUUUCUUUUCGUUGUGAUUUCUCAAAACUAACUCGAAAGCCCCACAAAACCAUGUAGAUAUAAUUUUUAAUUUGAUUCAAAACAUAUCGAUUCUUUAUCCACUUCUUGUUCAUUGUGUUUAAUUAGACUAUAACGAUAAGCUGAAUUUAACUCGGGUUUUAUUAAAAAUUUAAAAAUUUUAAAUCACUUAAAAAUAUAAUAGUUUAUAACAAAAAGUUUAAUUAUUAAAAAUGUAAUAAUUAUAAAUACAAAAACGAGCGAGCGAGCGCGUAAAAAAACUCGAAAAUAUAAUGUAUUACUACCCUGUACGAGAAUCUAUUUAGAUCUACGAUCGAUCCACUAUUCACUAUGAUGAGCAUAGUAAAAAAUAUUAGAUCUUCCUUGUCGAGCCAGGCACGAAUAGUCUCAUUUAAUCGUGUAUUAAAAGUGCAAUAUAGCUCUAUCUCUGUCACUUACAUAGAAUGCCCGUAAAAUCUUUCUCUUUUCAGUUGAGCCAUCUAAGCUUUUGGCUCGAUGCGAUCAUCCCGUCCGCUGUGAGUAGCAAGGCUUGUACUACACUGCACAGUUGCCAGAUUUUAUAUAAUUUAUAAAGAGAAAAGAAAUACGCACAAAAAAUGAACGGGCAUUAAAACGGUUUAAUGAUAAAAAAUUAGUUUCUGCAUAAAAAUAAGGUAGUGCCAUGGGUCCAUGGCACUACCUCACCGGCCGCCACUGAGUGCGUCAAACGUAUAAGCAAGUGGUGUGACACUUAUGUAUUGGAAGGAACAUAUCCCGAAAAACUAUUCCACGAAACCAGAAAAUCUAAGAACGAUUGUUCCAAUAUGUUUAAGGAAGAUCAGUUAUGUUAUACAUCGUUUUUCAGAUGUCUUACAGAGGAGAAAAUGUGGAAUCUUUCAUUUUCAACAACGCCUAUCAGGCUUACUCCCAUGUUUCUACAGGUUGCAUGAGGUUUGUCCAUAGCCGAAGAAGAGCUCCAAUUCGAACACCGUAAUCUUCUUUGGAGAAACGUUUUAAUAUCUACAGUAGAAACCAAAAAAAUAGUAUCGUAUAGACUUAAAAAUAAAACAUAUAACGUAUCCACAAAUGGUGUUGAAGUUGUUAUCAUUGAUUACACUCUGUCGAGAAUCGAACACGAUGGAGUUGUAAUCUUUAACAAUCUAGGAUUGGAUCCAGUUUGUUUACUGCCGCAGAUGACUAUUAAUUCGAGAUCUACAGAUUAAUGCAGUAGAGAAACAGAAACAACUGGAAGGACUUUGAGCCGUUCUCCAAUCUCUUAUGGCUUCACUCCAUUCUAGACAAAGCGAUUUCGGGUUUAAAAUAUAAAAAUUCAAGGAGUAAAAUACACGACAGUUUUUUAAGAAACAAACAUCGUGGUGGACGAAUGUAAUUAAAGAAUAUUUUUUCGAAAUGUUCAUUUUUGUUAAGUAAAGUUGUGUUGAUAAAACGAAAACUUUUUGAGUUAUUAGCAGAAAACUGAUUAAAAACAUUGAUUUUUUUCGACUAACACUUUCGAUAGCGAAUAAAUCGAAAACUAUUAGUUUUAUUAAAAAAUGUAUACAACGUUUUUUGCUCAGAAUGAAUGUUUUUACCAACUUUUGCGGUCAAAAUAUAAUAAAAAAAUUUCCACCUUCGAGAUGGGGUGGCAACCACCCCCAUGGUAAAAGCGCCUUUUAACAUCAUAUAGAUUUUGAUCCUUGGGACUAUCCACUACUUAUUCUCAAAUUUUCAAGCAAAUCGAUCCAUUUUGUAAAAAUUGUAAGGUUUUGUCCUCUUUUAAGCUUCAUUACUUGGACUAUUAGGUUUAUUAACGAUAUACGCAGCAAUAUGAUAAUGACUUGGAUUGCAUUGAUUUAAGUGUAACGAUUCUAAAAAAGGCAUCUUUAUAUGUUGUUAGUUAUGUAGAAAAAAAAAUCAUUUUUAGGGAUCAUUUUAGUCGAUUUUCGUUAAAGUGUAUGCUAAUCUAUCGGUGUAAGUUGCAACUAAAAGUAUGACUUAUUAAAAUGCCCAACUUGUCGGACAAAUAUUUUUGAUAUAGUAUAUAGGGUGUCCCAAAAGUAGCGGAACGGUCGAAUAUUUCUCGAAAUAAACAUAGUAUCGAAAAACUGAAAAAUACGUCUUCAAUCAUUUUCGAAAAUCUAUCGAAUGACAAAAACACGACCCCCACUCCACCCCCUAGAGGUGGGGUGGGAGGUAACUUUGAAAUCUUAAAUGAAAACCCCUAGUUUUUAUUUCAGAUUUAGAUUCCCUACGUAAAAGUAAGCAACUUUUAUUCGAGACAUUUGUUUGAACUAUGGACAGAUGGCGCUAUAAUCGAAAAAAAUCAUUUAUCCUGAUGUCAUAGGUAAAUAAUAGAAACGGUCUAAUAUCUCGCGAAAUGGACUUGCAAAUGAAAAACAAAAAAAUACGUGUUUAAUAUUUUUCAAAAAUCUAUAUAAUGGCAUCAAACACCACCCAAACUUCACAAUCUGGAGGUGGGGUGGGGGUAACUCUAUAAUCUUAAAUAGCAACCCAAUUUUUUAUUGCAGAUUAGGAUUCGUCGUGAAAAAUUAAGCAACAUUUAUUCGAAACCAUUUUCAGAUUUGUUGAUAGAUGGCGCUAAUAAAUCGUCUUUUUCCAAUUAUAGCGCCAUCUAUCAACAAUUCUAAAAAAAUGUUUCAAAUAAAUGUUUCUUAAUUUUUUAUAAUUAAUUCGAAUCUGCAAUAAAAAAUAUAGUUUACCAUUUAACGUUUUAAAGUUAGUGGAGGGUCAUGUUUGGUGUUAUUUGAUAGGUUUUUGAAAAAUAUUAAAAACGUGUUUUUUGGCGUUUCAUUUGAAAGUGUAUUUCUUGAGAUAUUAGAGCGUUUCUAUAAUUUACCUAUGGUAGCACAAUAAAUUGUUUUUGCCGAUCAUAGCGCCAUCUAUCCACAAUUCGAAAAAAUGUCCCAAAUAAAAGUUGCUUACUUUUACACAAGGAAUCCAAAUCUGCAAUAAAAACUGGGGGUUCCUAUUUAAGAUUUUAAAGUUACCCCCCACCUCACCGCCAGGGGGUGGAGUGGGGGAUCGCAUUUGGUGUCAUUGGAUAGAUUUUGAAAAAUUAUUGAAAACGUGUUUUACAGUUUUUCAGACCGAAAUUUCAGUUCGCGAAAUAUUCGACAGUUCCGCUACUUUUGGGACACGCUGUAUAAAGUUUGCUAUUGAAUAAACUUAAAAACAACCUGCUAGUUUUCACAAUCAUAAACUAGUCAAGAUGACACGUUCCACAAUUAAAAUCACGUUCCACAAUUAAAACUUCCCUGUGCCAGUGUUCCCAUACAUCAAAGUUUGUCCGGCUAGACACCGUUAAGAUAUUAACAAAUUUUCAGCUUGCUAUUAACACGUUGACGGACAGUUCGUCAAACGUAUAAGCAAGUGAUGUGACACUUACGUAUUUUGAAAAGUAGAUGGAAACACUGAGUUUUUUAGCAUUUUUUGUAAACAUGUGCAUGACGACUAUGGACAUCUCAUAACAUUUAAUAUGCAUCUGUAGAUGUAAUGUGACAUUUUUUUGUCACAACUGAUUAUUUUAAAAGUGUCGUCUAUAGACGUUGUAAUUAUUUUGUAUUUUGAAUUCCAUUCUCUACUCGCAACUGAACGAUGGUCAAACAACUUUUCAGUCAAAAAGUAAUCGAGCAGGGCUUUUGAUUUUUUUGUGGAGCUACUAUCGAGUUGACAGUGUGCGGACUUUAAUAUAUUCCUACAGACUUAUGAUAAAAAGUUGUAUGUAUACGGUGGGUCUAAUGGUGUUUAUGAAUGACAGUUUUAUAGACUUCAAAAAUGCGAUUUCGAUCAACUUUAAUUACAAUUAACGCCGUUAUUACACUCGCGAUCACAAAAAUCGCGUCACUCGAUGGAUUAUACACGUUUGAGGUCUCGAAUUUCCUAAACCUGUUGUCCGAUUUGAGUGAUUUUUUUAGUAUGUUAUAGCCUUAUUAUUUCAGAAUAUCAAUGUAAUAAUAUUGUUGCUAGACAGGCAAAUGUCAUUUUGUACCGGGUGUAACAAUCAUACUGUGUUUUUUCCUUAAAGUUCGGAACAUUAUGUGGAAUAUUGUGGCAUAGCUAAAAUAUUGAAAUUAAAACUCAAUUGUAGCCUUAGGCUUUCUUAACAUUUUCUUUUUUGAUUCAUUUGCUUAUGUUGUAUAAUAAAAAAGUUAGGUACGUAACAACUAACCAUGUUCUUCAUCAAUAAAGGGUGUUUCUCAAUAAGUGCGACAAACUUUAAGGGGUAAUCCUGCAUGAAAAAAUAAUGACCGUUUGUUUUAUAAAGAUAUGCCCUCAAAUGCUUCGUUUCCGAGAUACGGGAUGUUGAAUUUUUUCUUACAAACUGACGAUUUAUUUGUUGCUCUAAAACUGGUUGAGAUAUGCAAAGGACCCCGCACAAACCUUAUGGAAAAUAGGUCCCAGUGGAUUUUGUUCAUACUUUGGGAAAAUACUCUUUGAAGCAUUCUGAUAGAAACUUCUCAUGGGCACAAGUCAAUCGUAUGAAGGAUUUUCAAGAUAUAAAGGCCCAAACUCGGAUUUACGGGGUUUUCCAAUUCCGUGAGUUACUGGUUAUUUGGCAACAUGUAGAAGUUUGGAUCAAGGAAAAGUAUUAGUAGACUAUGAUUUUUUCCUGGCUAUCCAAUGGCGACCUUUACUUUGACCUUGACUUUCAACGGACGUCAUCUUCUAGAGUUUCGAGGGUUUUCGGCAUUCAAUUGAUAUAAACAGAUUACUCAUGGGUUUUUGGGAUCGCUAAACACGAAUAUGCAAUCAGAAUUUCCCUCGGGAUGACGUGGUGGCCAGGGCCUCUGCAAAGACGUCAUCUUCUAGAGUUUCGAUGGUUUUCGGCAUUUAAUUGAUGCAAAUGAAUUACUGGAGGGUUUUUUGAGGUCGCUAUACACGAAUAUGCCACCAGAACCAACUCAUGGAGCACCUGAAUUCCAAGGUCAAUGAAAGGGACUCCUGGAGUUUCGAGGGUCUUUGGUACUACAUAAAUGCAAACGGAUUAGUUAUAGGUUUUUGGGGUUGCUGAACACGAAUACGUGAUCAGCACAGACACAGGAGCACCUGGUGCCUAAGACAGGUUAUCGUCUGGAGUUUCGGAGGAAUCAAAUGGAUUACUCUUAGGUUUUUGGGGUUGCUGAACAUGCAUACACUAUCAGAUCCGACCCACGAAUCACAUUGUGCCUACGGCACAAUAUGAUUAUUCGUGUUCAGCAACCCCAAAAACCUAUAAUUAAUCCGUUUGCAUCAAUGUAGUACCAAAGACCCUCGAAACUCCAGAAGCCCCCUUUCGUUGACCUUGGGAACCAGGUGCUCCGGGAGUCGGUUCUGGUGGCAUAUUCGUGUUUAGAGACCUCAAAAAACCCUUCAGUAAUUCAUUUGCAUCAAUUAAAUGCCGAAAACCAUCGAAACUCUAGAAGAUGACGUCCCUUGCAGUGGCCCUGGCCACCACGUCAGCCGGAGGGUAAUUCUGAUGGCAUAUUCGUGUUUUGCGAUCCCAAAAACCCAUGAGUAAUCUGUUUAUAUCAAUUUAUUGCCUAAAACCCUCGAAACUCUAGAAGAUGACGUUCGUUGAAGGUCAAGGUCAAAGUAAAGUUCGCCAUUGGAUAGCCAGGAAAAAAUCCAGACUGCUAGUACUUUUCCUUGAUCCAAACUUCUACAUGUUGCCAAAUAACCAGGAACUCACGGAAUUGGAAUACCCCGUAAAUCUUAUAAUUUUCCCAGUUUGGACCUCUAUAGCUUGAAAAUCCUUCAUACGAUUGAGUUGUGCCCAUGAGAACUUUUUAUCAGGAUGCUUCAAAGGGUAUUUUCCCAAAGUAUGAACGAAAUCCACUGGGACCUAUUUUCCAUAAGGUUUGUGCGGGGUCCUUUGGUAGAUUUAAGAGGUAAUUAUUGCGCAGUUUUUGACAUACAAAUAUUAAUUUUAUAUUCACCAUUGGCGUGCAUACGGGAUGUAUCUAAAAUGUUUAUAUCCGUAUGUACGCCAAUGGUGAAUAUAAAAUUCUUAUUUGUAUGUCAAAAAAUGCGCAAUAACUACCUCUUAAAACCUACCAAUAUUCAUUUGCAUAUCUCAACCAGUUUUAGAACAACAAAUAAAUCAUCAGUUUGUAAGAAAAAUUCAACAUCCCGUAUCUCGGAAACGAAGCAUUUGGGGCAUAUCUUUAUAAAGCAAACGGUCAUUAUUUUCUCAUGCAGGAUUAUUGUUCAAGCAAUCUAUAUAGUGUAAGAUUUGUAGCUUUGGGUAGUUCUUCUUUAAGCUAUUAGGCCGGCAGCUGGUUUUUUCUGGUAAUUAAAUAUGUAGUUAAAAAUAUUUAUUUAUACUUACGUAAAUACCGUUAAAGCAGGACAUAACAUCGUAUAUGUUAAAAUUAAUUUUAUCAAUUUUUUAAUUACAUUUAACCUCACAGGGACCCUCCCUCUUACCGCAUGCUUGCAUUAAUAACUGAUAUAGAAUAGCUUUUAUAAUUAAUCUUGUUAUUGUUAGAAUUAUUGAUACUAAAAGAACUUUAUAAAAACACAGUUAGAUCUAAAAUUACUUUAGGUAUACAGUUCAAAACUUUUAAAAUUCAGCACAAAAUGCAAGCAUGUCCCCGUUCUUUUUUUAUUUAUUAAAAACACAAAAUCUAAAAAUAUUUUUUUAACCGAGUCUUUUUAUUACUACACUUAUGCUUGGAAAAUGAAUUGCACAACACAACAAUUAAAAUACUGAUACACUUAACUCAUUUUCUCCUUCUUCCUUAUUUUCUUCGUCACUAUCAUCGCCCAAUUCAAUAAUAAAUUUAUUUCCACCAUUAAUGUGGAAGUGCCCAAUCUUCUUAUAAUAUUCUUCCACUUUGAUCACUUUGGCGAUUCUUCUCUGCCAGUCUACUUUGGUAAUAUUGGCUACUUCUUUUUUAAUUAUCUCAAUUACCUUUUUGUCAAAUUUAGGAAAUGUAUUUGAACGCCUUAUACUUGGUUUGAAUUGUCCCCAAAUUAACUCGAUAGGAUUGAAAACACAAAAGUAGGGGGGAAGUCUCAAUAUAGUGUGUCCAUGCUUUUCGGCAGUACUCUCUAGAGCGUAUAAUUUUCUAAAUUGCUUCGUGUGUAGAACUUCAAUAAGUUGUUUUUUUGUGUAAAAAUCUUCGAAAUACAAAUCAUUUUCCAUUAAAAAAUUUUGCAGGUCAGCUUUCUUUGAAGAUGUAUUUGGUAUUUUGGUGAGCUGUCGGGAAUGAUAGGAAGCGUUGUCAAGCAUUAUUACUCUGUUUUUCUUCAAGUUUGGGAUCAGCGAGUUUUUAAACCAAUCUUCAAAAAUGUCAGCUUCCAUAUUCUUGUGGUAGUCAACGUUACAAUCUUCCAUUUUCUUCCCACAUAAUUUUAAAGCAUUCGGAACCCAUCCCUCACUUCCUCCGCAAUGUAAAAUAAUUAGCCGCGAGCCUUCAUUUGCAGGCAUUUCUGGUAUGCACAUGCUUGAACCAUCUGUCCAUCCCUUCUUUACUGUAUCGUGGGUAUCAUACCAAGUUUCAUCUAAAUAAUAAAUUCUCCUAUUUUCUUGCCUAUAUUUAGUAAUUUCUUCUAGGUACAUAUUACGUCUGUUGACUAUUCUUUGGUUUUCCAUAAUUAUUGCUUGACGUUUAUUUUUUUUUAAUUUAGAGCCCAUUUUUUUAUCCAGUUUUGAAGAGUUUUCUCACAGCAGUUCAUAUUUCGACCGGUUGUUUCCAAUUUCUUUCUUAUUAUUUCUAUUGUAGGUAUUUCAUUGCUUUUGUAGCAGUCGUAUAUUGUGGUUUUCAAUAGUUUUACAAGUGAAGGAUUUAAAGGUCUUGAAAAUUUGUAGUCACAUCGUUUCUUGCGAUGAUAGGGUUCAUUUUUAACUAUUUUAUAUACAGUAGAAAGUCGAAUUUCUGUUAAACCAGAGGUGGCUUGUGCCAAUAGUGUUUCAUCGAAGCCGAAUUUCGUACGUAGAUUUUUGUAUACAUUCAAACAUACUUGCUGUGUUUCAGCAUUUAAAUGCAUUCGAAUCUUCUUUACGGGCACUUUUUUUUAGUAAUUACAUUCACACUAGCACUGGCAAUUUCUACAAUAUCAGCGUUAUCGUACGCGAUAUUUACAUUAUCCUGCGGGCGCGACAUCACUAUUCACAAUAAUUAAAUUACAAUAAUCAACACUUUACACUCUCCAAACGAAAUACUAAAUACUAAACCAAUAUUCAAAAUAAUUACAGCAAACAAAACACUCGAAUCACUUAACACACUUACACUCCAGUACUAAUACACUGCUAGCUACCGAACUAAAACUACUAUCGUUUUGCACGAAACUUGUGAAUAGGUGGGAGGUCUGUGCGUAAAAACACAGAUGCGUUCAAAGGGCCGCUUCUUAAACGUUUGACCUAAUAUCUUUAUUUGAAGAAUAUAAUAUUUCACCGGCUUAAAGCUAUUCCACAAUAUGUUUUACUUGGACAAUACCCCUUAAAGUUUGUCGCACUUAUUUAGAAACACAAUUUAUUGAUGAAGAACAUGUUUAGUUGUUAAAGUACCUAACUUUUUUAUGAUACAACAUAAGCAAAUUAUUUAAAAAAAGAAAAUGUUAAGAAAGCCUAAGGCUACAAAGUUUUAAUUUCAAUAUUUUAUCUAUGCCAUAAUAUUCCACAGAAUGUUCUGAACUUUAAGGAAAAAACACAGUAUGAUUGUUACACCCGGUAUAAAAUGACAUUUGCCUGUCUAGCAACAAUAUUAUUACAUUAAUAUUCUGAAAUAAUAAGGCUAUAACAUACUAAAAAAAUCACUCAAAUCGGACAACAGGUUUAGGAAAUUCGAGACCUCAAACGUGUAUAAUUCAUCGAGUGACCCGAUUUUUGUGAUCGCGAGUGUAAUUAAAAUACAUUAUUGGCGCAAUGAUAUUAAAAUAUUGAAAUUUUGAGACUAAUCUAUUCAUGUAAAUUUUAUUUCAUUUGAAUGCCGUUAUAUUUUCCAUAAGAUGUGUGCGGUGUCAUUUGUAAGCCAACGGAAAGAUUUAAUAUAGUGUAUUUAAGUGUAUACAACUCAUUUUUCCAGUGUAUACCUACAACCUUUAACUUUAUUUUUACUCUUUAUAUUAUUAUUUUUUAUUUAUUAAUAUUACUCUUUUGAAUAUUUAUUUUUACAUGAAAAACUAUUCGUACUAGUACUAGUUGUUUUAACUAAUUCAAAUAUUAAAUUAAUAUAAUAUAGGAAAUCGUUAUCCAAAUUAGGAAAUAUUUACCAAAAAUAAUUCUUGUUAUUUAGACGUAUUAUGAUAAUUAUAAACAAUAUAAGAUGCCUUUCCCCUGAUUUUAACGUUCAUAUAACACUAUAUGUUUAUGAAUAAUUAAUAAAAAGAAUGUUUCCGAUUCAUAAUUACAUAAAGUUCUGGAGGUUAUAUUAAGAGGUUAUAAAUUCCCUUAAUUAGUGCAAAAUGUUUUCAAAACCUACAAAAAAGCAUCCAUCCAUGUCUAAUCCAUUCAAGAGUAUGUAGUGUGAAAACCAUCGUAACAAUCUUGUCACACUUGGCUAUCCACGUCCAAUAGCGCCCUGCCUUCUUAACUCACUAAGGGUGCGGAACAACUGAUCUUUUGUGGAGCCAGAUACAAUCUCUUUCCAUUGAUCAAUAUCGCAAUCUACCCAAUAAGCGCUCUAUUCACCCUUAUUUUUCAAAAAUCCACGAAGAAAAAGUUUUCCUGUAGUUGGCUGUAUACCAUAUAUUACAAAAAACAAGUGAAAUCCUUUAUAAAAGGUAUAUUUGUUAAAAUUUCCUAAAAAGGGCUACAUCACAGAACUAGUUUUCGAUCGGAUGACCGAUCAUCAUCAGUGCUGACGCGAUGCUGACAUGCUAACCACCAAAAUACAAAAAUAUACGGGUAAAAACCCUUUAAAAUUGAUCCGUCAUGGAAACAUAGAUUAGAUUCGUGAACUUGAACAUGGAUGUACAAAAUAUCCCAUGUAUUCUGCUCGAGGUACCAUUUGAGCCCAAAUUGACUUGUUCACAUGUUAAAUAGACGAUGGCUAUCAUCUGCUCAACUUGUGAACUUGCCAUCAUCAAUUCAACAUGUGAACAAGUCAAUUUGGGCUCAAAUGGUACCUCAAGCAGAAUACAUGGGAUAUUUUGUACAUCCAUGUUCAAGUUCACGAAUCUAAUCUAUAGGUUCGUUUCAAGACGACACAUUUGUACGAUCCCUUGAACCGUCACGAAAUCGAUUGGACUGUUUUAAUGCGCAAAAUCGCGCUUGAACGGUUUUCUUUCGAUCCCAAACCGAUUACCGGUACGUAACCCUCUUGGAACGUAUUUGUGUACCAUUUUAAGUUCGAGUUGCGCCUGAGCCAUUUUCAGAACGAGUACCACUAGAAGUUUGCUAGAUGGUUAGAAAUUAUUAUUUCUAACAUGUUCAUUAAACAUCACUUCAACUUCAAAAUCUUCCCCAAAAUCGAUAUCUGACAAAUCACUGUCAGUGCAAGUACAAAAAAAAAUUAUCCAUAUUUUUAAGAUUAAUUUGAAAACAAAAGAAAUAAUUAUUUAAACGAAAAUCAAGAUUCGCAGGUACUAAUAGCGUGGAUCGUGGAUUAUUCUAUUAUUGAAUCAUAUUUUAUCAGUGACCAGUAAAAAUGAAAACAAUCCUAACUGCGCAAGUCAGUACAAAUAGUUUCUGCUUGAAGGCAUGUAUCAAAAGGACCGUUCAGUUACCGAUUUCGAAAGGUUACAUGGAUCGCUUGGAACAACACAGUGUACGAUACGAAUCAUCGUUCAUGUUCGCUUGGAACGCAUUUUUUAUAAUGCGCAUGACGAGGGCAGUACGAAGGACGGUUUUCAUGUCACUUGGAACUAGCCUUAUGUUUACAUGACUGAUCAAUUUUAAAGGGUUUUUACCCGUAUAUUUUUGUAUUUUGGUGGUAUGUCGGCACUGAUGAUGAUCGGUCAUCCGAUCGAAAACUAGUUCUGUGAUAUAGCCCUUUUUAGGGAAUUUUAACAAAUAUAGCUUUUAUAUAGGAUUUUACUUGUUUUUUUUCCUUAUUAUUCAUUGCUAUUCCAUUCUAGCUAGGGCCACGACCGGUAUCUGGGAACACAUGGGCGUAACCCGCAAGCAAAAUGGGCCCUAAAACAUAUUUCUGCGUAACAUUCUCACGUUCACAUAAUAUGAUAUUAUCUUCUAUCAUUUUGGAUUUUUUUGGGAGGUCUUUACUCACUUAUAAAGUGGUCGUUACUUAUAGACCAGUAAGGAUCUGUGAAAAAACGUCUAUUUUUUGAUGUGAGAGGUAGCAUUCGGAUUUUUGCAGAUAAAGUUAGGUGACACCUUCAGUAAUAAUAAUUGACUUAUACUCCUUCUCAAAUAUGCUCGGAACGUAAAUAAAAAAAUAAAAAUAUUUAAAAAUUUCGAAAAAUGUCGAUUUUUUUCUGCUUUCUUUGCUUAUAACUUUAAAACGAUUCGUUUUGGAACAAAGUCAUACAGAAAUAAAAUAAAGAUAAUUGAAUUUUGUAUGAUAUACGACUGGUCAAAAAUGUCUUACAUAUUACGUUUUCUGCAAUAUAGCAAUAAAUCCAAAAUAAGGGAGCAAAAUACGCCUGUUGUUAUUCAAUGUUUUUAACCACUUUGGUAGCACUUAGAACCUUAGUAAUUCGCUUAGGAAAUUCUUUGUAACAUACUUAAACCGUGUACCAAAUUUCAUUAAAAUCGAUUAAAUAGAUUUUGCAUAAUAAAUUUGCAAUCUAAAUGUUUUUAAAAAAGUUCAAAUUUUUUAAAAUCUUUCUGAACAAAAAGUAUACCAUUUAGAAGUUGUCUAAUUUUUUUACAUAUAAAGAGGUGCUCUCCCUAUCUAAUACACUUUACAGAAUUAAAAUCUGAUUAUUUAAGGGGCCUCAGCAAUGUUUUAAACUUAUAAACAAUUUUUUGGCUUAUAAACAAAUAGCUUUGUUUAAUAAUAAAAAAAUUUAUUUUUAGCAAUGCAAAUAAUUAGAACCGGUAUAAUUUGACUUAAACUUUCAAAUGCUGUCAGCAGAAUUGCUAUUUUAUUUUUUAAUCAAAAGUUAUUCCCGUUCAAAAAUUGCAAUUUGUCGAAUUUUUGAAAGUUCCACUGCGUUUAUCUCGAAAACUAUGCAUCCUAUGAAAAAACUUGUAAGAACCUUUUUUGCUUAGAAUUACCCAAGAAAUACAAAAAAAAUGUUUUAUUUUGCGAAAAAUCGAUGUAAUGUAAUUCCUCAAGUUCUUUGUUUAUAACAAUCUUAUCGACAUCCGGAUCAACUGUUACCCAAAAAAAUCGUGUUCUACGGGUCAAAAAAUACAUAAAAAUCUUGGGUAAGUCCAUCUAAAUAAAGGAGCCCGUAGCACCCCCUUCUGGCCACAGGACUAAUUUGUUUAUAAGCCAAAAAAUUGUUUAUAACUUUAAAACAUUGCUGAGGGUGCUUAAACAAUCCGAUUUCAAUUCUGUAAAGUGCAUUAGAUAGGUUGAGUGCCUCUUUAUAUGUAAAAAAAUUGACAAAUCUUUGUAUGUUCUAGUUUUUGUUCUGCAAGAUUUUAAAAAAUUUUAAUUGUUUAAAAACGUUUAGAUUGCAAAAUUAUUAUUCAAAAUCUAGUCAGUCAAUUUUAAUGAAAUUUGGUGUACGGUUUUAGCACAUUACAAAAAUAGGAAGGUUCCAAGUGUAACCUAAGUGAUGGAAAAUCAUUGAAUAAGGACAGGCUUGUUUUGCCCGCUUAUUUUAUAUUUAUUGCUAUUUUGCAGCAAGGGUGAUAAAUUAAGACAUUUUUAACCAAUCGCGUCUGAUAGAAAAUUUAAUUAUCUUUGUUUUAUUCCUAUACGACUUUGUUCCAAAAUGAAUCGUUUUAAAGGUAUAAGCAAAAAAAGUAGAAAAAAACGAAAUUUUUUGAAAUUUUUAAAUAUUUUAUUUUUUUUAUUAAUGUUCCGGGCAUAUUUGAGAAGGAGCAUAAAUUAAUUAUUAUUAACGAAGUUAUCACCUAACUUUAUCCGCAAAAAUCUUAAUGCCACCUCUCACAUCCACCUAAAAACAGAUCCUUACUGGUCUAUUAGCCAAUUAGCUUAUUGCACGUUCUGUAUCUGUAGAAUAGGGAAGGCGGGUCAAGUCCCACAGUACUUAGGCCACAAUUGACCCAUUGGGUUGUCCUUAGUUCAUUAUCCAUCCUGCCAUUUCCAGGAAGGCAUACAAAUCACCAGGGGACAUCUCCAUUAUGUCGGCAGGCGUAGGCCAAGGCUCGUCGAACGCAUACUCUUGUAUUGACGAUAACUCCGGGCAUUGACUAGGACAUGCUCGACAGUUUCGUCAUCUCGUUCACACUUCCUGCAAAGAGGUGUGUCUAUUAGCCCCAGUGUGUGGAGGUGUUUUCUUAGUUGACAAUGGCUAGUUAAAAAACUAACUGUCAAGCUUAGGUUUUUCCUGGUCAUUCCCAAGUACUUUUCUGAUGCUGACUUCGCAAGGUUCCUUAGUGUUACCUUGGCAAGUGUACAUCCUGACCCUUCUUCCCAUCUUGAAGGCAUUUGUCAAUUUUCGCGAUUGUUGCAGUUGAUCAGCCAAAAUGUCACCAGGUCCUAAGAGUCUUAGACCUGCUGCCUUCCUAUCUAGCUGGUCAGCAAUGCUGCCUUCCUAGCUAGCUGGUCAGCAUUGCAGUUUACUUUAUUUCCGUUGUGUCCGUUAACCCAGCUCAGGAUGAUGUUACCAUCCGAAGCUUGGGCUAGUGACUCAUGACACUAAAUUACUAGCCCUGAUAUGACACGUGGUCUGUUCAAGGAUUAGUAGUGCUUGUCUGUUGUAUGUGCAGAUUAUUAUGGCUAUACUUUUCAGGGUUAUCUCUUUUGUGGUUAUGAAGAUACCAGCCAGUUCAGCCUAAACUACGCUGGCAUUUUCCCGUGUUUCACAUCUGGAAUAUAUCCGGUGAAGAUGCAAUAUGCAUUUGCCACGUUUGACUCCCUAUGUUGUCUUGUUUCGAUUUUGUAGGGUUUUUUGAAGACAAACGUAGGUUUAAUUGAGUCGUAUCCAUGGCGUGCAUGUAGCUGGGGCAGUGCCUUCAGCUCAUCCCGCCAUCAUAGCGCCACCUCUUUGACAUAUAUGUCUAAAUGGGUGAUGUCAAUGAGCAACUCCAUUGCAAUUGGUGUUGUUUUCAUGGUACCUGUUAUAUUUAUGCAAGCCAUCCGCUGAAUAUGGUUUAGUUUGUUGAUCGCUGUUGCCUGUAGCACUUUUGGUACCCAAGCAAUAGCUCCGUAAGUUAGCUUUGACCUAAUGACUGCAAUGUAGAUCCACUCGAUCACGUUGGGCAAAAGGCCCCAAGUGCGUCCGACCGUUCGCCGACACUGUUCAUAGGUAAGCUGCUCUUUUAGCUCUACAGGCUGUAUGACACUAUGCAUUUUCUUGUAUCAUUUCUAAUAUCGUUUCUGAUAUGUCAAAAAAAAUGUAUAGUGUCAUACACAGAUACAAGAAACGAUACAAGAAUUUGUGUCAGGCACAGAUUCUUGUACAAUAACUGCGCCAAUUUCUGCGCAAAGAGCAAAAACGUAAAACCUGCUGGUAAAACUUCUAAAUGUCAUAAUGGCGGCUGAAAAUGAGAUCAUAUGAUUUAUGUCUUGAUGAAUUUAUUUGUGUUUUGUAGGUAUUAUUUAUAAAUAUUUUAUUGAUACUUAAUAUACCGUUUGGUAUGGACUACUGUUCUACUAAUAACCAUAUAUUUAGAAUAACUUUGGGUUUCAUAUUGCAUAAUUUUUUAAUAGAGGAAAAUACAAUAGUUCCAAUUUGGAUCAAACUGAAGAUAAUUAUAAUGCAAAUAUUUUAGCACAAAUAUCAAAACAAAAUAAAAAACACAAAUAAUCAACAGUCAACGUAAAAAUUCUAGUUAAUAUAACAUUAAAAUAUUUGUUUUUAAAAGUUUAUAAAUUUUAUAAAAUCCUUAAAAUCAGCUGUAGACGCAGUACUACCAUACCAAUGUAACGUGACAGGGUGACAAACAAAAUUUCGACCAAUCACGUGCCGAAUUUCAUACAGUUUUCGAUACAAGAACUUGCAUAGUGUCAUACAGGGCACAAAUGUACGUACAAGAAAUGAUACAAGAAAAUGAAUACAAGAAACGAUAUCAGAAACGAUAUUAGAAAUGAUACAAGAAAAUGCAUAGUGUCAUACAGCCUUACUAUCUAAGUAAGAGUUCCAUGUUAACUUCCUGUCAAGGGUAACACCAAUGUAUUUCAACUCUUCUUCACAAAAGUUCAGACUGUAGUUUAUAAUCCUAGGGGGUAUUAAGCCCGUGAUCCUUCUUUUUCUGGAGAAGAGAACCAUCUCUGUCUUUUUUGGAUUUACAGACAGUAAGUGUUCCUUACACCAUGUUUCUAUUAGUCUGAGAGCAACUUGUAAUCUCUCACAUUAGACCAGGCCGCAUCUGUAAAAAUAUUAGUACAUUUGGACGUUGAGAGGUGACUCAAAUUUUUUUGCAGAAAUUGCUUGAAAAUAACUCAAAUAAUAAUAUUUGAGUUAUCCUCCCUCUCAAAAAGGUCCGGAACAUUAUAAUCAAAAUGUCAAAAAAUGAAGGAAAAAUUCGAUUUUUUUCUUCGUUUUUUGAUUAUAACUUAUAAAGUAUUCAUUUCCGAGAAUAGUUGUACCGACAUGAAAGUUGCGUAAUUAAAUUUCCUACAAUAUAGAAUUGAUUAAUAAUUUAAAAAAUAGUCACCCUUGUUGCAAAAUAGCAAUAAUUGCGAAAAAAACCAUACAAAAACAAGUAUUCGCAUUUUACGUUUUUCAACCAUUUAUGCUACACUUAGACCCUUCAUAUUUCACCCAGAAAAACUUUAUGAUACAGUAAAACAGUACUGUAAAUUUCAUUAAUAUCGGUUCUAUAGAUUUUGCAAAAUAAAUUUUGCAAUCCAGCUUUCGCAAAAAAAUUCAUUUUUUCAAAAUGUUAAAGGACUGAAAAUAAAGCAGGUAGCAAGUUGAAUUUUUUUUGCGUAUAGGAGUGUACUGUACUUUUCAUUUGCAAUUUGCAAAAUUAAAAUCGAUUAACUAUCACGGCGUCAGGAAUUUUUUUAAAUAAACAUUAAUUAUUGGUGCUACGCGCAGGACAGCGGAUAGUUUGCUCUGACUGGGCAUUCCAACGACCUUUGAUAAUGAUUGAUACAUUUUAAUUUUUAUUACAUUUCGAUAUAAAUAAAUAAAUUUGUUUGUUACAAAAUAAAAACACAUACUCUAUCUUUUGAAAUAACACUUUUUUUAGCAAAGACUUUCUUUGUUCAUAUAUUUUAACUUAGAGAAUAAAAGUUUAUUAUUUUUAAACAUAUGCAAUUGUUUAAACAAUAUUUCACAAACAAUAAUAAAAUUAGUUUGAUUUUUGUGGAAUUAAAAUAUUAAAAUACAACAAAAUAUAGAGUAAGAAAAUAAUAUAUUAGAUAAAGAUUGGAAGAAAUUUUGGCGGAAAUCAACUUGUGUGAAUCGAUCACCGCUGUCCUGCGCGUAGCACCAAAAAUUAAUGUUUAUUUAAAAAAUUUCCUGACGCCGUGAUAAUUAUUCGAUUUUAAUUUUGCAAAUUGCAAAUGAAAGGUACAGUACACUUCUAUAAGCAAAAAAAAAAUUCAACUUGCUAUCUACUUUAUUUUCAGUCCUGCAACAUUUAAAAAAAAAUGGAAUUUUUUUUGCGAAAGCUGGAUUGCAAAAUUUCUUUUGCAAAAUAUAUUAAACCGAUCUUAAUGAAAUUUACAGUGUUGUUUUACUAUAUCAUAAAGUUUUUCUAGGGGUGACUAUUUUUUAAAUUUUCAACCAAUUCUGUAUUAUAGGAAAUUUAAUUACACAACUUUUAUGUCAGUACAACUUUUCUCAGAAAUGAAUAGUUUUAAAGUUAUAAUCAAAAAACCAAAAAAAAAUCGAAUUUUUCCUUCAUAUUUCGACAUUUUGAUUAUUUAAACAAUGUGCCGGGCCAUUUUGAGUGGGAGGAUAAGUAAAAUAUUAUUAUUUGAGUUAUUUUCAAGCAAUUUCUGCAAAAAAAAUUUGAGUCACCUCUCAAGGUCCAUCUCAAAACAAAUGCGCCCUGGACUACAUAGUGUGUUCUCAAACUUACUGUUUUGCAAGGCGGUUAUAUCGUUUGCAUAGGCUAUUGUGUAGAAACCGUUCUUGCUGAGUUGGUCAACCAGGGUAUCCAAAACUAUGCUCCAUAGGAGUGGUGGCUUAUUGCACGUUAUCAUUGAUAUAGUCUCCUAUAAAAACAUUAUGUAUUAUUACAUUACAUUAUAUUACAGUAGAUAGGCUACUGACCCACCUUCUGCUACGCUCUCGAAGAAUUCGCUGUUCUUUAGUUUAAAUUUUAUUUUAUUACUGUUUUAAUAAUUAUUUCCCAUUUCUGUGAUACACAUGUACGUACUAUUUAUAAACAACAAUAUUUUUUUUUUAAAUAAAAUUACAAUAAAAUCCGGAACGUAAUUGAGAAACAUUCUUUAAUAUGUAUAAUUGAAAACUUAGAUUAUCUAAGCACUUAAAUAUUAUCAAUUAGAUGGUCAAUAUACGAAUCAAUAACAGUAACGUCAAGAAGGAUAAUUGUAGUAUUUGUAUUGGAUGGUUUUUUUUUGGAUUAGUAAAAUAGUACAAGAAAAAAAAACAAAAAAAAAUGAAUGUGAUAAGUUUACAUAUACAAUUUGCUUUAUAUUGUGUUUUAUUAAGUUUUACUCACUGAUUUUAUAGAAUAUUUCAAUUUUAUACAUGUUCUUAGGACGAAUAAAAUGUUUCAAACGUUAACAAA